GCCAAAAAAUCCUGCUGAAGCCACCUCUGCUGUAUCAGGAGACUCAAACUCACAGUCGGAUGCCAUCCUCCGAGCUCAAGGUUUCAGAAAUGCCUCUCCACUCUAGCAUUAAAGUCCGGCACCCCAAGUCAGAGGAGAAGCCACCGAGGAGGCACAAGGUGCCUCUGACAGCGGCAGAGGCCCUCAGGUGUUUUAAGAAACAGCUGUCUGCUUACGAGCAAAGCGAAAUCCUGGGCUACGCAGAGGUAUGGUUCCUGGGGCUUGAAGCCCAGAAGCUCAACGUGGCUACUGAGAAGUUCAACAAGACAUGUUUUGAUGAUGAACAUGGCUCCUAUAUGCAGGUCCUGCACGACCACAUUGCCUACCGCUACGAAGUCCUGGAGAUGAUCGGGAAAGGGUCCUUUGGACAGGUGGCCAAGUGCUUGGAUCACAAAAACAACGAGUUGGUGGCCCUGAAAAUCAUCAGGAACAAGAAGAGGUUUCACCACCAGGCCCUGGUGGAGCUGAAGAUCCUGGAAGCUCUCAGACGGAAGGACAAAGACAAUGCCUACAACGUGGUGCACAUGAAGGACUUCUUCUACUUCCGCAACCACCUCUGCAUCACCUUCGAACUCCUGGGAAUCAACUUGUACGAGUUGAUGAAGAAUAACAGCUUUCAAGGCUUCAGUCUUUCCAUAGUUCGGCGUUUCACCCUCUCUGUUUUGAAGUGCUUGCAAAUGCUUUAUGUAGAGAAAAUCAUUCACUGUGAUCUCAAGCCCGAAAAUAUAGUGAUACACCAAAAGGGCCAAGUCUCUGUUAAAGUCAUUGACUUUGGAUCAAGUUGUUAUGAACACCAGAAAGUAUACACCUAUAUCCAAAGCCGGUUCUACCGAUCCCCAGAGGUGAUUCUGGGCCACCCCUACAACAUGGCGAUUGACAUGUGGAGCCUGGGCUGCAUCAUGGCGGAGCUGUACACGGGCUCCCCUCUCUUCCCUGGGGAGAACGAGGUGGAGCAGCUGGCCUGCAUCAUGGAGGUGCUGGGCCUGCCGCCAGCCGGCUUCAUUCAGAUGGCCUCCAGGAGACAGAUGUUCUUCGAUUCCAAAGGUUUUCCUAAAAAUAUAACCAACAACAGGGGGAAAAAAAGAUACCCGGAUUCCAAGGAUCUCACAAUUGUGCUGAAAACCUAUGAUACCAGCUUCCUGGACUUCGUCAGAAGGUGUUUGGUAUGGGAACCUUCUCUUCGAAUGACCCCUGACCAGGCCCUCAAGCAUGCUUGGAUUCAUGAGCCACGGAACCUCAAACCACAUCCCAGGCCCCAGACUCUGAGGAAAUCCAGUUUCUGUUACCUCUCUGAGACAAGGAAGGACAAAGUUCGAGGGUCUCAUCACUCGAGCAAAAAAGCAGAUGAGCUCGCCAAAGAUACUACAGACAGAAUAAAAGACGGCACCACUGAGCAUGUUCAGAAUUCAGGGGACAAGCAGGGCUCUGUCCAGCUGCCUCCUCUAGCAGAAGCACCUGGGAAGGCACAGGCAGUUGGGCUAGAGGUGUCCGUCACCUCCACAGAACAAAGCAAGAACUCCUCCCCCAAGAACACAAACAUUCUGCCACCUAUUGUGUGAUCUCUGCUCCUUUCCACCAGUGAUUGGUAUCAGAGACAGCACUUAUAUUGUACAAUA